CAAAUAUCUCUGUUACUCUCAUUGUUCCCCCAAACUCAUCUCCCUCUUCUUCUAUGUUUCCAAAUCCAGCUUUUGCCUCGCCGUCACAGAAAUUCCAAUUGUGGCGCAGUCCCGGAUUGAUCACUCCAGCCCGCAAAUAAUCGUCUCCAUCAGCAGCAGCUUCUCGAAGAAUUCAUGAUCCUUUAGAUGUGUUUGUAGGAAAAGCAAGAAGGAAACGCAGAGAGCGAGAAACGCGAGUCGGUUUGGCUUCCGCUGCUCCGCACGAGCGCCCGCGGGCGGAGUGCAACUGCACGCGAAUAGCAAGGUCGAGUCGUCUUCCGACUUGGUGACUUCGUCUCUCACGGCGCGGCGGCGGCCACGCGCCCAUGGAAGCGGCCGGCCAGGCGGCCGCGGUGAGCCGGAGCUUCGGCAAUUCGGCGGGCGCGGGACGGCUGACGGCGGGGUCGUCGGCUUCGGCUUCGGCUUCGGCAUCGGCAGCUCGCGCGUCGGGCGUCGGCGCGGAGCGCCGGCCUGCCGGCCAGGACGCCGGGAGGCGGGACGCCGGCCACGAGCCCACGACGCACGACGGCUUCCUGGGUCCGAUCUCCAACGAUGCGCCGCAUAAGCGGUUCUUCAGCAUCGCGCCACCGGCGGCGCUGAUAUUUUUCUUCGUAUUAAUAUUCGUCGCUGGUGCAAUUGUCACGGUUGAUCGCAAGGAGAACUUGUCGAUACUGCAGCUGCAUCCAAGAGAAGCGUUUGCAACUGAGGAGAUCAGGCCUCCGGCGACGAGCGCGUCGCGCGCUGAGCCAACAGAGGAACCCAACCUCUCUGAGAACCAAUGCAGACAUUCAGGCAGCGAGGCCUUGCCGAGGGGCAUCGUGCAGGACAAGUCCAACUUCCAGACAGAGUCCCUGGGCGGCAAUCCAGGACGGAAGGAGGCUGUUAGGCCGUCGAAAAGCCUCCUAGCGAUCCCCGUCGGCAUCAAGCAGAAGGCGGUCGUCGACAAGCUUGUCGCCAAGUUCCCGGCUGCCAACUUCAUCGUGAUGCUGUUACACUACGACGGCGUGGUCGACGGAUGGCGAGACCUCAAGUGGUCGGACCGCGCCAUCCACGUCUCCGUGCGCGACCAGACCAAGUGGUGGUUCGCCAAGAGGUUCCUGCACCCGGACCUGGUGGCGGAGUACGAGUACAUCUUCCUCUGGGACGAGGACAUCGAGGUGGACAGCUUCGACCCGCUCAAGUACCUGCGGAUCGUGAGGAGGGAAGGGCUCGAGAUCUCACAGCCGGCGCUGGACCGCCGGUCGCAGAUCCACCACCGGCUCACGGCCCGCGCGCGCAACGUCGACGUCCACCGGCGGUUCUACAAGACGAACGGGCAUGGCCGGUGCUACGGCAACAGCACGGGGCCGCCGUGCACGGGGUGGGUGGAGAUGAUGGUGCCGGUGUUCUCGCGCGCGGCGUGGCGCUGCGCGUGGCACAUGAUCCAGAACGACCUCAUCUACGCGUGGGGGAUGGACUUCAAGCUCGGGUACUGCGCGCAGGGCGACCGGUGGCGCAACGUCGGCGUCGUCGACAGCCAGUACGUGCUCCACCGGGGCAUCCCCACGCUCGGCGAUGGCGGCAAGGCGCAGGUGUCUGCGUUCACGUCGGCGUCGGCGUCGGCGACGGACCGGCUGGCGGUGAGGCAGCGGUCGUACACCGAGCUGAAGGUGUUCAACAGGAGGUGGAAGGAGGCCGUGGCAGAGGACGGCUGCUGGACCGACCCUUACCCCGAUCCGGCGACCACCACCGGCUGACCGUCCGACGGCCUGAGAUAGUGCCAGGAUGGGAGGUACAAUACAGUAGUCAUCAGUAGCUGUUACAUUGACCUUGCCUAGAUGAUAGAUUGUACACCAUAUUUACAGCUUCAGAGAGCUCAGAGCAAGCUCAUGUAUGAUGUACAGAUUGUAAUUUUUUUCCGUCUCUGAUCUCCAAGGGGAAAAAGCAGGCGCGCAUAAAAAGAUGAUGCAAUUUUUUCUGAACUUUUUCAGUAAUGAGAUGAUUCAGAACCUGUAAAG